AUAGCAAAACAUAAACUAAUCGUAAGGUUUGAUUGAUUCAGUCAUUUGAUUGAAUGGUUCAUACAUUCAGUUGAAGUAAAUUUUGACAAAACAUUUCAAUGAUAUAUCUCAAUCACAACACAAGUGAUGGACACAAACUAUAAUAAUAAGUCAUCAUUUGAUCGGUUUGGCGAUGAUUUGGCUGAACUUAUCCUAAGAUAUCUAUCACUUGAAGAUCAGUUGCGUUUAGAGUGUGUAUCCAAACAGUUCCAGUCGUCGGGUAUUCAACUCCGGACUCACAUAAUAGUCGAUUACUAUCUAAAUCAGAAACUAAUAGUUAAGACAUUUUCGAUCAGAGGUUACUUCGACACUGAAAACUGGUCGUCACUUAUGAAGAGAAGUCCAAAUGUUUGCACCAUUUGUAUCGAUACGAUUAUAUCCGGUCACCGAGAGAUACAGUUUAUAAAAGCCAUACAUCGGUUUCGUACACAUUGGCCACUAUUGCGGCAAAUUGACUGCAUGUUUGACAAUUAUAAAGACAAAGACAUUGAAUUCUUAUGCAAAACGUUUCCCAAAAUGAUUAACAAAAUGAUUAUCGUUAAGUACAAUCAAAUGGAUAUAAUAAAACCAUAUUUAUCAUCAAUGACUACAAUCAGAGAGCUAUCACCGAUCUGCCAAAUAGACGAUAUGUUUAUCGGCGACCAAUUGGUAGUUAAAGGUUUGCAUCGAUUGGAUAUCUAUCAUUUAGUCAAUACGUGGACUCGAGACCAUCUCAUACGACUCAAGACAUUCAUCGAUGGCAACAGUUAUCUCAAACAUCUUAAACUACAUUUCUCUUCAAUGGAUUACACUACUAGUGUCGCUAUGGUGUCAUUUAUGGGUAGAUUUGAAAAACUGGAACAAUUGGAAAUUAUAUUUGAUUUCAGAAACUGCUAUUCAAUAGCCAACUCAUUGGUGAUAAUUGCCAACAGUUGUCGGCUACUAAAGUCAUUGAAGUUAGAAUUAAAAGUCGAUCGUUUUGCCACAUAUAUGGAUAUAUACAAUGCCAUUAAACUGAUGAAACAUUUGAAACGAUUGGAUCUAAAAGUUUUUUAUAUCAAAAAAAAUAAUUAUAAAUUUAACGACGAUUUAAUUGAUCCGACAGUCUAUGCAUCACUCAAACCGAUUAACUGUUGGCCACAAUUGACUCAUUUAACAUUCAAUUUAUCACAUUAUGACCGGCAAUUCUUCAUGAAUUUAGACCGAAAUCUACCGAAACUUCAGUAUCUAUACAUUGAUGACCGGUUCGGUGUAAUCGAUGUCAUAUGUCUGUCAUUCAUAUCAAGACUUAUAUCAUUGAUGACAUUAACGAUUAAUACCAUUAAUUAUAAAUCGAUCAAUAAGUCAGAUGUGGAUCAAGUGAUCAACGGAUGUCUCAAAUUGAAGUCAAUUAAAAUUAAUGCCAUACCGUAUAGUCUUAGCCGUCGAGUCUAUUAUAAUGAGAAUUCAAUAUAUUUAAUGAGAGAACAACUAAAAGGAUUGUAA